AUCCAGAUCUGGGUUCUGGUCAAAGUUAGACUUUGUGAGACUAUCUCUUGACUUUAUUCACAUGUUUAAAAAAAAGAAUCUUGAUUCUGUGGAACAUUAAAGGUUUUGUGACCUGGUUACAAUCCUAAAUCCAGGAGUGUUGGACGAAAAGUCCAAAGUUUUGUCCAGACAAAACUUUGACAGAGUAAUAAGGAAAUAAAGGCUCCUGUGGUGAGAGAGAAUCUUCACAGUAGAACCUAGGGGUUCUGAUAAUAAACACAAUAAUAGAAUCAACUGAUUUUUUUGCCAGUUUGUUCUUUGAUAACUGUCUAUGGCUGCUGGAAACAAAACAAUUUCCCCAUUGUGGGACAAAUAACAUUGUAUCUGAUCUGAUCUGAUCUGAUCUGAUCUGAUCUGAUACGUACUUGUAUAUACAGUAAUAUGUAAACAAUGAACAGUUAUAAAUUGUGCAAUAAGGCAUCAAGCAAAAUACAAAAAAGUAAGAAUUUUGCCUGUAUGUCAUACAUAUUUAUGUAGGCGUGACGUAUUCACGGUUUCAAAACAGUGCCUGAUGAGACCCAAGACACUGCACAAACACAAUGGAAAAACUUCAAGGUGUGGUUAUACAAUGUGAUACACAUUGUACACACAUGUGUAUCACUGCUGUGAUGUGAUGAAGUGUACAGUCUGAUGUCUGUGGGAGCAAUGACCUGCAGCAGCUCCUUCCUGCCUGUGGCUGUAACAGUGUGGUGCUGAGGGAGCUGCUCAGAGCCUCUACAGUGGUGCAGGGUGGAGGGUUCUCCAUGAUGGAUGCUAGUUUAGCCAACCUCCUUCAUGGACUCCAGUGUGCAGCCAAGGACAGAGCAGGCAUUCUGAAGCAGCUUGUGAGUCCCUUCCCAUCUUUACCUGAGGCUACCACAGUGUUGUAGAAAGUCUGUAACAGCUCUAUGCCCACACCAAAGGACCUCAGUCUCCUCAGCAUAUGGAGACGGCUCUGGCCCUUCUUCUACAGAGAGUCUGUGUGAAAAGCUGAAAAUUUUGAUAUUUCUGUAGCUGAAAGAAUGUGGGACUAGUUAAGCGCCAAAAAACGUACAGAAGACAUAACAUAAAUACAAAUAUAAAUAUAAAAUAUAAAGAUUUGAAUAACAAUACAUUGAGUACUUUGCAGCAUCAGGUCCAGAUGCUGAUGUUUACUGGUCCAAAGUAAGGUAGGUAGGAAGGAAGAGGGUGGGGCUAGAAGAUGGGUAACAGGAAUGAAAGGUAAGGCUCAUGUGGGUUGGACCCGAAGUGGUUCAGGGUGAUGUUGCAGAGUCAAAGGGCCUUUUUGGUUCUAUGAGUCCUUGGGUAUUUGUGUUCCUCCUCCGACAUCUCGUCAAAGAUUGAACUCAACACAACAAAAAGCAGACAGAACAUUGCACAUCCGGUUUACUAGCUCUGUUUAGUUUAGUUAUGUGUGGGUGAGACUUGAUGUGAGGUCCUGAGGGACAACAACAGAUGUAAAACUGUGAGCACUACAGCCAUAUUUAACCACUAAAAGUAUGCAUUUCCUCCUCACAGUGAUCGACAGCGGACGGGGUGGAGCCGAUAGAGUCUUCAGAUAGCUGCCAUGUCAGCUCUGGUCCUGUUAAUGACAACGAUGAUGGUCAUGAAGAGCAAAGCUGCCUUCACAAAGAUCAUCACAGUAUCUUCACACAGCGAUGGGUCCGUCCUGCUGCCCGCAGAGGGGGGAGGGAGACUAGAGCAUGGGUGGGACGUCAGGUGGACUCAUCCCCACCUGGUCUUAUCUCUGAAGAAUAACAUGACGACGUGUCACCACGGACGCUGUGAGCUGCUGAGUGAUGGCUCACUGAGAUUCAACAGAGUUCAGAUCAAGGACUCAGGAACAUACCGCCUGGAGGUGUUCUAUGAAAAUGGGACGCAGCAGAUGAGGAAAGACUUCCUACUCCAUGUGGAGGCUGCAGCAGGUGACAGCAGCAGCACUGUGGCUGUGUCUAUCUCCUGCCUUCUCCUGUUUCUGCUGCUGCUUUCCUUCAUCAUCUUCAUCCUGAGGAGGAGAGGGAUCAGGCACACAGAUACCUCAGGUCAAACAGAGGAAAAUGUGUAUGUUAAGAUGCUCAGUCAUUGCGGCAAAGAGGGUGAGGAUGACGUUGAGAAGAAGCAAGAGAAAGAGGAGGAUCCUGUUUAUGUUUCCUGUAAUCCUGCUCUCUCAAUGGAAACACCAAUCACACAGCAGACAGUGGAGGAUGACGUCUACGUGUGACAACCAAUCGGAGCUCAGCUUGUUUGGAACGAGCAUCCUGGACAGGUUUUCAUUUCUUAUGUAUAUUUGAAACAAUGUAGCUGUGGAUAAAAACUUUGGGUCCUGAAAUAAAAAUCCUAAAGUCUGUGAGACGUCAGACCCACAGAA